AUGGAGAAUGGAGGCCCUGACACUGCCGAUGUGCACCUGUCCUCGGGGACGUCCAGUGGCCAGGCCUCCUCCCUGCUGAAGCUCAGGCAGCUUCUGGAGGACAAAUUGCAGCUCCUCCAGGAGACUGUGUCUGCAGACGGGCAUGCAGGAGUGUCAUCCUCCAACCUGGUCUGUGAAGAGAGCAACUGCGUCCGGGACAUCAGGAAGCACGUGGAGCAGAGUCAGGAGCUGAGAGGCCACCUCACCGAGCUCCAGAGGAACACUGAGCAGGAGAUCUCCUCCAUCUCACAGCAGCUUGGGUCUGUUGCUCUCGAGUGUGAGCUCCUGAGCUGUGAGUUAGCUGAUCUCGAGAGGCAGCAUCUAGGGGUGCAGGCUGCCCUACAGAGGAGCCAGGACUCAGACACCAGAGCCACUUUACUGCAGCAGAGGUGUGAGCUGCAGAUUUGUAUAGCCGGCCGGGCAGCGCAGAGAGAGCGUGUGUGUUUUCGGGAGCAGGCCCUUCGAUCCCUGCAAGGCAUUCUGAGCGCAGACGUCCACAGGUACCAGCAGGAGGCCCAGAAACUUCACCUGCUCAGCCACAGAGCCAUCCGUAGCAUGCCAGGAGAGAGCCAGCACCAACUGGACCACAUGGACAGCCUCUACGCACGCAACAGGAUAGCCCCAGCGCUCCGCUCAGAGCCGCUCACCAAUGGACACGCAGCCACGGCCACUAAAGCAGGGUCUCGAGGGUCGUCCGGCAGCCUGGAUGACGAGGACCGGAGGUGGAGGGCGAGCAGGCAGGCCACCUCCUCCAAAGGCACCAGUUUGACUCGCUCCGGGAGCGUGAAGGACCUGAUCUCCAAGUUCUCUGUGCCAGAAAGCCCCGUAUCCCUUUUGGAAAUGUUCCCCGGCGCGGCCCCUCUGAGUGGCAAGGCCCCUGUGCUGGAGCACCCGAGCAGAGCAGUGCCGGAGGGAGCCAGCGGAGCCGCAGAGCUCAGCAGACCUGCUGCUGCAGAGGGCCAGGGAGGGAAGGGAGGGUCCGUGCCCCCCCUGCCCACCGCGCCCCUCGUGCCCCCCGUGGCGCUGACGGCGACUCCCCCCGCUGAGGGAUCCCCUCACACGGACAAGCAAAGCGUGACAACAGCCACCUCCUGUGGGGCUCCGGCAGACAGUGGGACAAAGGUGGAAUCCAGCUUUGAUUUCAACAAGCAGCCCGAGAGCCCCUCGUCCAUGGAGGAUGAGGCGGCGCCCAGCGUCAAGCCCAACCAGAACCCCAAGUACCAGCUGCGCGUGAGCGGCGACGCCCUGGGGAACGGCACCAGAGAUCCAGGCGGGCUGGCGAGGGAGAACGGGCCCAGAGCGGGCAGCCACUUGGAGGGAGUCAGCUACCACGGCUCCAUGGAGUCACUGCCCUCCUGGGACAUCGGGCCGGACCGGGUGCCCGGCUUUGAGAGCCCCCCUCCCCGUGUGUUCAACAGCCCCUACACCUCAUCUCUGGACGCCUUCAAACCCAUCCACAGGGUGUCUGAAUAUAAGGUCCAGGAAGGGCUGUCCACUGUCCCCUCUGACUACAACAUCUUUGGGCUGAAUGGUCAUAGCACCAGCCCUCUGAUGCACAGGAAGAUGCACUCCGCCCCUCGUACACGAUACACCGCUACCUUCGACACCCUCUCCAGAUCGAGACGGGAGAGGGAGGGCAUCACCAACCAUGUGCCUCUGCGGGUGGGCACGCGGGACAAGCGGGACUUCAUCGAGGAGCUGACCAAACAGCUGGAGGAUGUCCAGAGGAGGAACCAGUUCCUGGAGGCCGAGAGCAUCGAGUUGGAUAAGGAGCGCAAUCAGAUCCGCUUUGAGAUGCGGGCGCUGCUGGUGGCCAAAGAGGACCUGGUGUGCCACAACGCCAAGCUCCAGCUGGACAUGAAGGCCAUGAGGGAGAGGAUGGUGGAGGUGGAGUCCAACCACAACGUCAUGGCGGAGCGCUUCAGACAGAUGGAGGGCGAGCUGAAGGAAGCCAGAGAGGUGAUGAUCGAGGCCAACAACCAGGAGUACGCCUUCAACUUCCUCCAGCAGUCCCUCAAGAACAAGAUUCAGGAUGCUGAGGAAGCCCUGGAGAAGCAGACACUGCAUGCCCAGGCGCUCUCAGAGAAGCUGUGGCAGGCCGAGCGUCGGCUGGAGGAGCUGGAGGUGGACACAGAGAGCCGGGCAAAAGAACUCCGAGCUCAACAGCACCGUGCUGCGCCUGGAUGCUGA